UACACAAAGAGGGAACAGAGAGCAGGACUGGGAUCUUCACAGGCCAUGCAGUUCUGCAGCCUUCAUCACUGUGUCCUGGUCUUCCUCAUCCUCACAUUCACCACUGCUCCUACUCAGGCUUACACUUCUGUAAUGGUGAAGCUGAAUCAGUCCGCUGUUCUUCCCUGUGAACAGAACUGCUCUGAUUCACUCAGAUGGACCGUGAUUGAUAAACCAGGUCUUAUUAUGGCUCAGUGUAAUCGGACAUCAUGCUGGUCAGAGAAGGGGUUUAAUAUCUCUCAUGAUCAGUACCUGAAGGGAGAUCUCUCUCUCACCAUCACUGCAGCUGAUUACAGUAACAGGGGUUUGUACACGUGUCAGUGUGAUGGUGAAGACAUCAAUACUGUACAGCUCAGCAUUGAGACUUUGAUGAUAUUAUCUAAGCUGAAUUCUGGUGAAGAUUUGAUCCUACAUUUGCACAUAUCUCACCACAUGGAGCUGACUUAUAAAAGCAAAAACUCAACUGAUCCAUACGGUGAACUGAUCUGCAAUGUUACGCUGACCAAGAACAAGACUAAAGACUCACUUCAGUGUAAAGAUGAAUAUAAACAGAGAGCGUCACUGAGAGGCUCAGAUCUAUUACUGAAGAAUAUAAAACCAUCUGAUAGUGGAGUUUACACAGUCCGGGACGAGGUGUAUAAAGACAUCAUUCUUAUUUACACUCUCUCUGUGAAAGAUCCUUUGGCUCCCCAAGUAAAGGUGAAGGUGGAAUUAUACUGGCUUGGUGGAAUGGAUCAUUAAUCAUGAAAAACAUGUUGUGGCUUGGUGUAAUCAGACAUCAUGCUGGUCAAAGAAGGGAUAUAAUAUCUCUCUUGACCAGUACCUGAAGGGAGAUCUCUCCCUCACCAUCACUGAGGCUUAUUACAGUAUGAGGGGUUCAUACUGCUGCAUGUGUAAAGACAAGUGCAUCAGUGAAUUUCAUGUUUCU